AAUCGGUUAAGCGGCUUCCCCUAAUGAGAAGAGUUUGUGUGUUCGUAUAAGGGUGGGUAGAGGAUGACAACAUGUAUUUUUCCUGUGAACCGUAUUGUCUGUGGUCUGAAAAACAACUGUGCGUUUCGACGGCAGAUGCUGAUAUAUUGAGAGGCUGGUUUCAGCGCAUUCUGCGUGCAACAUGAGCGAUUUAAGGAAAACUUACGGAGGACCGUUGUUUAGAAAUGUGGAAGGCCGUAAGAAUAGCGAUGGGGAGCGCAUGUUCCUAAACGCUGCUUCAAGCGGAGACAUAGCGAUGGUUCAGGCAAUGUUUGAUGACAAGGAUGUGGAUGUCAACUGUGUGGAUUUUAUGGGCAGAUCUGCGCUCCUCCUAGCGGUGGAAAAUGAACACAUUGACGUCAUUGACUUUAUGAUGCAGAAAGCUAACUACUCGAACAUGAAGGCCUCCCUGCUUCACGGUAUAAGCAAGGGUUUGAUAAGUGUAGUGGAGUUCAUAUUAGAACACCCUUGCUACAUCGCAGCUGAGGAAAACCUCCAAAGAUUAGGCAUGCUUGAGGACACUUUUUUCCGAACCGACUUGGACAGCGGGGACCAUUCCUUCCCGUCAUAUAUCACCCCGCUCACCCUUGCUUGCCACAUUAACAACCCGGACCUUAUACAGAUGCUGCUUGCCAAAGGCCAUGUUAUCGAAAGGCCGCACCAUAUUUCGUGCGAGUGUAACGAUUGUAAAGCCAAAUCGGAGUUUGACUCCCUGAAGAUGUCCAGGUCUCGACUCAAUGCUUACCGUGCUCUAGUCAGUCCUGCGUACAUUGUGCUGUGUAGUACGGACCCCAUACUGGCCACAUUCGAACUGAAGACGGAGCUAAAAGAGUUGGCAGCUCUGGAAAAAGAAUUUAAGACUGAAUACCAGGACCUUGUUGACCGGUGUAUGGACUUCGCAUGCGAGAUGAUGGACCUCUGCCGCAGCACUCAAGAGGUAGAGACCCUCCUAAGUGACGGGAAGGACCCCAUAGCAAGACUUAAACUGGCUGUACGAAACGAGGAAAAAAAGUUCGUCGCCCACCCAAACUGCCAGCAGUACCUGACCGCUUUGUUCUACGGAUCUGAGCUGAGUUUCCUCAAGACCACUAAAUGGCCUCUGAAAUUGUGUUACAUGCUUCUGGUCACCCCUCUGGUCCCUUUGAUAUCCAUAACCUAUAUACUGUUUCCCAAGUCUCGGGUGGCACGCUAUGUAAGGUGUCCUUCCACCAAGUUUCUACUCCACACUAUUUCGCAUUUGGUGUUCCUCAUACUUCUGGCCCAGGCAACGUUCCAAACGUCGGAGAUAUUCAAUGAAGAUAUUAAUGUUAAUAUCGAUAAUGUCAAAUGGAAAUCUUCAUUUCGAGGCGAAAGCAGCAUCAUGACUCCCGUGCAGAUAGUGCUCAUGGGUUGGGUCUUAGGUUUAUUGUGGAUUGAAGUCAAGGAAAUCUACCGAACACCGUUUUGUGAUUAUGCCAAAGAUUAUUACAAUUACAUCAUCUUUAUGAGUCUGUCUUUGUAUAUCGGCUCUUAUGUCUUACGGAUAUUGGCGAUGAGGUGGAUUCUCGCUGCCAAACAAGAAUAUAGUGUCCCUCUCCGGAGUGCCAAGUUGGCUUUGGAAGCAGGGAACGGGGACGAAUUCCAUCGAAUUGCGGCACAGAUAAAAGAGGCUGGGACGAGAGAAAGUUAUUUCAUGGAAGCGUCUCGUUUUCACUGGAAAAUGGACGACCCGGAGAUUGUGGCAGACGCCAUGUUUUCUGUGGCUAAUGUGCUUAGCUUUGCUAGGACCACUUAUAUAAUGCCAGCGUUUGAAGUUUUGGGACCUCUGCAGAUAUCACUGGGGCGUAUGGUUGGAGAUAUAACCCGGUUUCUGGCUUUAUAUUUGCUGGUAUUACUUGCCUUUACGGUCGGUUUGAAUAAUCUCUACUGGUACUAUGGCCAAGUAAAAGCCACUGAUGCCUUCACUGAUUUAAUGGUAACGGUGCAGACUUUGUUUUGGUCAACGUUUGGUCCGAGUAAAUCAGCACCUGAGGUCUCUAAAUUGUCGAAACCAAAAGGUUGCACCGAGGGAGGGGAAGGUGGGGCUGGGUGCCAGUUUUACGGGAAUACCACCACGGAUGCAAUGGUUGAGUCAAGCACAACCCUCAUCAACUUUGUCGGUGCCACAUUGUACUCUGUCUUUUGCGUCUUCGCCAUUAUCAUCCUUGUGAACAUGCUGAUAGCCAUGAUGAGCCACUCUUUUGAAGCCAUUCAAGAAGCCUGUGAUGUGGAGUGGAAGUUUGCCAGAAGCAAGUUGUGGUUAUCUUAUAUUGCGGACGGCAGUAAUUUAUCAGCUCCUUUUAAUUUACUACCAACGCCCUCAUGUGCUUACCAGAGCUGCAAGUACGUGAAGAAAACGUUCAUGGAUGGACGACGUGACAGCAUCACACUUUUCCGGGCGCAGACCGUCGUACGGGCUCGGAGACAGGCCGUGUGUGAGAAGCUUCACGUGGACACGGUGGACACCAGCUAUGCUGACAUUGCACACAGCUUGGCCAACAGGUAUCUCCUCAAGCUGGGAAGACAAGCCAGGCCAGAAACUAAAGGUUGCACCGAGGGAGGGGAAGGUGGGGCUGGGUGCCAGUUUUAUGGGAAUACCACCACGGAUGCAAUGGUUGAGUCAAGCACAACCCUCAUCAACUUUGUCGGUGCCACAUUGUACUCUGUCUUUUGCGUCUUCGCCAUUAUCAUCCUUGUGAACAUGCUGAUAGCCAUGAUGAGCCACUCUUUUGAAGCCAUUCAAGAAGCCUGUGAUGUGGAGUGGAAGUUUGCCAGAAGCAAGUUGUGGUUAUCCUAUAUUGCGGACGGCAGUAAUUUAUCAGCUCCUUUUAAUUUACUACCAACGCCCUCAUGUGCUUACCAGAGCUGCAAGUACGUGAAGAAAACGUUCAUGGAUGGACGACGUGACAGCAUCACACUUUUCCGGGCGCAGACCGUCGUACGGGCUCGGAGACAGGCCGUGUGUGAGAAGCUUCACGUGGACACGGUGGACACCAGCUAUGCUGACAUUGCACACAGCUUGGCCAACAGGUAUCUCCUCAAGCUGGGAAGACAAGCCAGGCCAGAAACUAAAGGUGAAAGUCAUGUCAUCCUCGAAACGUCACCCCCGCCCUCGCCAAGUGGCACGCCUACUAUAUUCGAAGGCAAGGAAGAGCUCAACGUGGCAGACCUCAAAGGCGGACCAACUCUGCCGCAAUUCCAUUUGGAACAUGUUGAUGAAGAGGGUGAAGUGCUGAAGCCGACCAUUUGUCGUCCUUUGUUCACGCCGAUGUUGAGGCGUAGCAACCCAGAGAUGAUGGCAGAAGAGCAGGGUCGAAGAAGCUUCUCCCGUAAGAGCAAACGCUCAGUGCGAGUCCACUCUCCCCUGACACCGACAUCGUCAGAAGGUACUUCCGGUCGCAUUGAGGAGAUGUACCGCGUGGUGAAACUACUGGACAUGCGCUUCCAGCACCUCCAAGAAAACACCAGCCAAAUCCAAAAUCUUGUAAAAGAUUUGGCCGCAGUGAAAGCUGAUUUGGAGAAAACAAGGAGCUUGCUUGAAACUCAGCGAAGGAUCACCGUCAACACCAGUGGGACACCGAGAUCUUUUGAGACAAUAUCUACCUUAAAUAUUCUACCCAGCUUCGUGGCAGAAACCGAGGUCCGUACAAAGCCUUUAUCGCCACGACUGGGGUACAUUAAAAAAUCGGUUAAGUUUAAAAAACAAAAGAGUGAUCAAUCUGGACAAAAUUAA